AUGUCAUGGUUUUCUUUAACGGGAGCAGCGACAGCUUGCAUGGGAUCUCGGAGUGUCUUUGAUGACUUUGCUUCCUGGUCGGGACUGGAAAUGAACCCUUCUAAAACUGAGCUCUUUACGUCGGGUCUCGAUCAAGGCGAAUCAAUAGCUAUCUCCAGAUAUGGAUUCACCUCCAGUGCUCUCCCCAUCCGGUAUCUUGGGCUGCCACUGAUGAGCCGAAAGCUUAAGAUUGGGGAGUAUGCGCCGUUGAUUAACAAGAUAACCCUCAGCUUUCAAUCAUGGAACGCUCCUUUUGGACCAUCGAGAGCCGUCAACUAUAGACUCUUGGGCUUGGAGAAGGCUACUGAAGCUCCGCGAUCUGGCUCUUCAGUUUUGCAAAGUGUCGCUAGGUCCUCAACGACAUGGAACAUUUUAAGGCCAAGACAAGAGGAAGUGGACUGGCAUGAUGUUGUAUGGUUCAAGGGAGCGAUACCCAAGCACUCUUUCACGAUGUGGGUGGCCAACUACGACAGACUGCUUACUAGGAGCAGGCUAGCGGCUUGGGGAAUGGCCAUCGCUAUGGACUGCCCCUUCUGUUCGAGGAGCAUAGAAACCAGAGAUCACUUGUUCCUGCGAUGUGAGUACAACCUUGAUGUUUGGAGAGAGGUCUUCAUCAGAUGUCAUCCUCCGGUGUCUAACCUUUACGGAUUGGUCAGAACUCUUAUCUUGGAUAAGAGCUGCUGGGGCCUGCAAAGCUGA